UCCUCCCCCUACUCUCUUUGUUGCAGGGUGUGGGUAUAGCUGCAGAAAGGGGCUCGGAUCAGCAUCCUGUUUCCCUCGAUCACCAGAUAGACAGGAAACACAAUGAAAGGUGACACUCCUGUGAAUAGCACCCUGAGUGUGGGUCAGGCCAGGAAAAUGGUGGAGCAGCUGAAGAUUGAGGCUUCCAUGUGUCGAAUUAAAGUUUCAAAAGCAGCCUCAGACCUUAUGACCUUCUGUGAUGCUCAUGCCUGUGAGGAUCCUCUCAUCACUCCAGUACCCACUUCGGAAAACCCCUUCAGAGAGAAGAAAUUCUUCUGUGCGCUCCUGUGACAUAUCCCCAAGACAAAAGCACAAAGAUUUCCAACAUGUUCACAGUAGCACCUACCCUGCACAUUUUCCAAUUCUACCAUAAGGAUGGCUAGAAUUGUUGAUGUUUCCCGGGGGGGGGGGGCUAUAACAAAUAAAUAAAUAAAAACCCAGAAAGUUGUUGUUAAUCACCUCUUGCUCUGUGGCAGGUGUUAGUCAUGUCAGUAUUUAUUUGUAAAAUAAAUAAAGUGAAAAGUUAACUCUUAA